UAUCAAGUUCUUUCAAGACAUAAACCUCGUUAGUAGAAUGACCAUCUUUUAAAAGAGACAAGACAUAAAAUGGGUACACAUGAGAACCCAUGAAUCAAAGACACAUUGCUUCUAUGGAUGUUUUUCAUCUUUAAAGUUUUAGAAACAUGAAUAAAAGAAGAUGUGACUGAGACAGCAACUCAACGACAACAAUAAUCAAAAGACGUCUAGGGGGCAACAUGCAGUCUUCAACAAUAUAGAAGUGUCACAACACUAUGUCAAUCUCCAAAUUGUCUUUAAAUUUAACAGAAAAAAAUCAACGAUCUGUAAUUAACAUGUCUAGAACGAUGAUUCUAAGAACUCACAUCUGCAAGAAAUCUAGAUUGUUUCACGGGUCGACUACAAGUAUAUAUAUGCUCUUUGGAAGUGACAAGGACAAAUCACUACAGAAGAAAAUGUCUAAGAUUUUGAUCCUUUUGACUUUUAUUUUGAGUACGACCCUGUGUUCUCCUACCAGAUAAACUCUUUAUGGAAAAGUCCGCGGAAAAAUUACUAACCGCGUCCCGCAAGUAAAAGUGGAGGAAUAUCUUGGUGUUCCAUAUGCAUCUCCUCCGACGGGUUAUCUACGUUACAAGAGACCACAGAUGCCUAUGAAAUGGGGUCCUCGCACUUUACACACAACCAAUCUUCCACCAGCAUGUCUACAGGAGACUCAGUACUCAAUACGAUUUCAUAGACCAGGAUUUGACAACUUUAACGAGGACUGUCUAUAUAUGAACAUCUAUGUACCAAGAGUCAAUAAAAGGGCACUCUCGAUUUUAUUAUUCAUCCAUGGAGGUUCCAAUUUUCAAGGAAUGGGAGCUGUGUUUGAUGGUGACAUCUUAGCCGCACAUGGAGGAAUAAUUGUCAUCACAUUCAAUUUUAGACUCGCCAAUCUAGGGUUUUAUGCAGACCCAAGGGAAGGUAUAAAGGGCAACAAUGGUCUAAUGGAUCAAGUAUUGGCUAUGAAAUGGAUAAAGAGAAAUAUCAAGUAUUUUAAUGGUGACCCGUCUAAAGUUACAAUAUAUGGACAUAGUGCUGGAGCUGGGGACGCUGGUGUUCACUUACUAUCAGGUUUGACCAAAGGGUUAUUUAGAAAUGCAAUAAUCCACAGUGGCGCACCAAUUGCGCACUGGUUUCUAUCAAGGUGUGUACAAACCAGUAGAGUAUCAAAUAUUCCUCCAAAUUGUCGACCGGGUACCAGUCUGAACACCACUGAGCGACAAGAGGAUAAUUGGGUUGUAAUUGAUGGGGAUUUUCUAAGAGGCAGUCCAGAAAAAUUGUUUACUUGUGGAAAGUUCCAUGCUGGUUCAGUAUUAAUAAUGAUGGCACGGGAUGAAGGUUUCCCAUUAGAUAUAUCAGAUUACAGAGAACAAGAUUUAGACCAAGCAAUCCAAUAUUUUGCGACAACUCUGUUUGCAGAAAGACCGGAUUUUCCAGAUAUCCUGAAAAAAGAAAUAAAGAUCUGGGAGACAAUGAAUCUAUCAAAUUAUCCUCAAGACUUACAAGUCAAUGCUGAUUUAGGACUUUUCGCGCCAAUGAUGAAACUCGCAGACAUGAUUUCCGAAUGGCAAAAGAACGUGUAUACACUCAGUUUUGACUAUGUUUCUCAAAACGUAACCGGACCUGAAUGGAUAGGAGUACAACAUGGAUGGGAUUUAUUUUAUGUAUUUGGUGUACCGACAGUAGGACAUCCAAAGUUCUCAUAUACAGCACGUGAUGCAGAGGUUUCUAAAGUAACGAUGCAACUAAUCAGCGACUUUGUCAAAAAAGGAAAUUGGCGAUCCUGUGGUUUGAGAUUGAAGAAGUACAAUUCGGAGAAAAAAUCUAUCAACAAACUGAAUUAUGUCAAUGGUAAAACAGUUGUUACUAAUGAAAUCAACUUUAAACAACCAAGACUUGACUUUUGGUACAAAUAUUUGUAUCCUUUUAAUUUCAAAUGUCCCCAAAGACAUAAACCAUAUAAAGGUUAUAUGUAAUCUAUUCAUGUAUAUCAAAGAAAUAACGAUGUGAUGAAGAAUUAAAAGUAAUCCAUCAAAUGACA